AUGGCCGAGACUUUCGAGUUCCAGGCUGAGAUCUCUCAGCUUCUCUCCCUCAUCAUCAACACCGUCUACUCCAACAAGGAAAUCUUCCUGCGAGAACUCGUCUCCAACGCCUCCGAUGCCUUGGACAAGAUCCGCUACAAGGCCCUGUCGGACCCCAGCCAGCUGGAAUCCGGCAAGGACCUGCGCAUCGACAUCAUCCCCAACAAGGAGAAGAAGACGUUGACCAUCCGCGAUACCGGUAUCGGUAUGACCAAGGCUGACCUGGUCAACAACCUCGGCACAAUUGCCCGCUCCGGCACCAAGCAGUUCAUGGAGGCUCUGACGGCGGGCGCCGACGUUUCCAUGAUUGGCCAGUUCGGUGUCGGUUUCUACUCUGCCUACCUCGUCGCCGACCGCGUCAGCGUCGUGUCCAAGCACAAUGAUGACGAGCAGUACAUUUGGGAGUCUAGCGCCGGCGGCACCUUCAGCAUCACCGCCGACACCGAGGGUGAGCCUCUCGGCCGCGGUACCGCCAUCGUCCUCCACCUCAAGGACGAGCAGGCCGACUACCUCAACGAGAGCAAGAUCAAGGAGGUGAUCAAGAAGCACUCCGAGUUCAUCUCGUACCCCAUCUACCUCCACGUCAAGAAGGAGAUUGAGACGGAGGUCCCCGACGAGGACGCCGUCGAGGAGGUGACCGAGGAGGGCGACGACAAGAAGCCCAAGAUCGAGGAGGUCGAGGACGACGAGGACGAGGAGAAGGAGAAGAAGACCAAGACCAAGAAGGUCAAGGAGACCAAGAUCGAGGAGGAGGAGCUCAACAAGCAGAAGCCCAUCUGGACUCGCAACCCCCAGGACAUCAACCAGGAGGAGUACGCUUCCUUCUACAAGUCUCUCUCCAACGACUGGGAGGACCACCUCGCCGUCAAGCACUUCUCGGUCGAGGGUCAGCUCGAGUUCCGUGCCAUCCUCUUCGUCCCCAAGCGGGCCCCCUUCGAUCUCUUCGAGACGAAGAAGACGAAGAACAACAUCAAGCUCUACGUCCGCCGCGUCUUCAUCACCGACGAUGCCACGGAUCUGAUCCCCGAGUGGCUCAGCUUCGUCAAGGGUGUCGUCGACUCGGAGGACCUUCCCCUCAACCUGUCUCGUGAGACGCUGCAGCAGAACAAGAUCAUGAAGGUGAUCAAGAAGAACAUUGUCAAGAAGUCCCUCGAGCUCUUCACCGAGAUUGCCGAGGACAAGGAGCAGUUCGACAAGUUCUACAGCGCCUUCUCCAAGAACCUCAAGCUCGGCAUCCACGAGGACUCGCAGAACCGCCAGAUCCUCGCCAAGCUGCUCCGCUUCAGCUCCACCAAGUCUGGUGACGAGAUGACGUCGCUCUCCGACUACGUCACGCGCAUGCCCGAGCACCAGAAGAACAUCUACUACAUCACCGGCGAGUCCCUCAAGGCCGUCGCCAAGUCCCCCUUCCUCGACACGCUCCGCGAGAAGGGCUUCGAGGUUCUCUUCCUCGUCGACCCCAUUGACGAGUACGCCAUGACGCAGCUCAAGGAGUUUGAGGACAAGAAGCUCGUCGACAUCACCAAGGACUUUGAGCUCGAGGAGACGGACGAGGAGAAGAAGGCCCGCGAGGAGGAGGAGAAGGAGUACGAGAGCCUGGCCAAGAGCCUCAAGAACGUCCUCGGCGAGAAGGUCGAGAAGGUUGUCGUCUCCCAGAAGCUCGGCCUCUCCCCUUGCGCCAUCCGCACUGGCCAGUUUGGCUGGUCCGCCAACAUGGAGCGUAUCAUGAAGGCCCAGGCCCUCCGUGACACGUCGAUGAGCUCGUACAUGUCGUCGAAGAAGACGUUUGAGAUCUCUCCCAAGUCUCCCAUCAUCCAGGAGCUCAAGAAGAAGGUGGAGUCUGAUGGCGAGAACGACCGCACCGUCAAGUCGAUCGUCCAGCUUCUGUUCGAGACGUCGCUGCUCGUCUCGGGCUUCACCAUCGAGGAGCCCGCCGGCUUCGCCGAGCGCAUCCACAAGCUCGUUCAGCUCGGCCUCAACAUUGAGGAGGACGACGCCGCCGAGCCCGCCAUGGCCGUUGCCACGGACGCGCCUACCGAGACGCCCACUGGCGACAGCGCCAUGGAGGAGGUCGACUAG